UACAUGCAGAUCUGAAACAAGAACUAUGGGUUGUUGGUUUGGGGUUUUUUUUCUCCUUUUUUUUUUUCUGGAGGUGUUUGUAUCAAACAUUAAAAGAAGGAUCUGUGUGUGCCCUCUAGUGCAUAUGUACUAUAAUAAAAUGCAGUGAUAUAAUAAUUAAGAUUUCAGAGUAGCCCAUAGGACCUUCAGAAAAGCUGAUUGGUAUUUAAAUACCUAGGAGAUGCUAAUGCUGCCUGGGGAAGAAAUGUUCAAUAGAAAUGUUCAAUAAGGAAGGAGCAAUAAGAGUUCCUGAAACUUCUUCUGAGAAUUCACCAGGAGGCAGAGGCAGCUAAGAUAGACCUCCUGUUUCAGCCUGUCUAUUAUUCUUUCUUACAAAUAUUGUAGAACAGAGUAGCUUCUAUCAUUCUAGAUUGUGUACAAUUCCUUCAAAUGUAAUAUUUUAAUUCAUUGCAGAUCUGUACUUUCUUUCAUGUUGCCCACUCUUCAUGUUGCAGACUUUUGAUUAAAUAUUUGCAGUUUAGAUUGAUUCAGGAUUUUUAUUAGCUCUUAGCUAUGGAAAAGCAUUUCCCCAUGUGAAUACAAACCAAGAACAAAAGGGACCUUUUUGUGUGUGGAAGGUUCUAUGGGUCUCACUAAGGCAGAGCUUGCAAAAUUUCUGUCAAGUGUGGGAUUAAUCUUGCUCCUGGAGAAUUGUGUAAUUUUGCUUACUGGAGAGAUGUGAUUUCUUGGAUGUGAUCAGGAAUGUCUCAGUGGUUUUGAAUCAGCAAAAUUAGUAUGUAGAUUAUCUAUCUUUUAACAUUCCUUAAAGAGAAUUGAUGUCUAAUUCUGGUCAUAUUGCCAGGCAGAGCUGUCGUGCUAUCAGUUCUUUUGCCAUAUGUAGCCCAGGUUUUCUCUCAGAGGUAUGGAAGGCACCAUUUCAGCUGUUGCUCCAGAAUUAUGCAAGAGCUGUUUUCCUUGCAACUUGUCAUAGCUUCUGAAGUCUGGGAGACCACUGUGUAAAGAGUGAAUGAAAUCAUCUUCUGCUGGCUUUAAUAUCUUACUUAAAAAGAAGGAAAGUGAGGGACUGGGAACAGUGUUUACUCUUACAUGUGCUAGAAAGACUGAAAAGUUGUAAGGCCUUGCAGUAGAAAAGCAAAACCUAACCUUGAUUGCUGAAGAUUUGAGCUUGGAGCGCAUGGUCAUGGAAAACAUGAACUGAAUCUUGACAAUUCAGGAUUAAAGCAUAUUAAUAAAGUUUCCUCUAAAAAUGUUAGAGCAAGCACAUCACAAUUAUUAGCUGCAUGCUUUCUAUGCAGGGAAUAAUUUAAUGAAGGUGAGCAGAAGUAGUGUGCUCUCACAAGACUAAUGCAGGUACUUAAAAUUAUGUGAACAGUCAUGGGAAUUUAGUUUUUUAAGGGUAAUAUGGACUUAACUUCUUUCAACAAGGAUUCAAGUCAAGUCUUCAGAGAAUUUCUUGCUGAACUUAUUUCUUAGUAUAUACCAUCAUACAAUGGUUGUAAGCUUCAGAAGAUGAUGCUGUUAGACCAUGUGAAUGAGUAUUCUGCUGUAUUUUUAAAAAAUCAGCAACAAAAAAGAGAUUUAUUUUAGUAGAGAAUUUACACAACUGGAGUUUGUUAACAGUAUGCAAGUUACACACUUGAUGUGACACAGCUGGACCAUGUCAGAUAACUAAGCCAUGGGCUGUUUGGAUAGAGUCUUCAGAUUAAUGUGUUCAUGUUUUUCCACAGCUCCUCUUGAAUUCUGUGCACUAUUUACUGUACCUGUUACUGCCUCAUAACCUAUAUUCAUUAAGCAAUUACAUGGACUUCAGAUUAUCUGACUGAAAAAAUAUGGGAAAAAAUUGGUGAUUUCUGGAGGUCAUGACCAGCUUUCUACUUCACUGCUGGAGUUGCAUCUGGGACUGGCCAGUUGACUUUGGAUGAGUCACUUACACCCUCUUUUCAUAACAUUACAAUAGAAACACUUUAUGGACAGGUAUUUGUUUUUUUAAUUUAUAGUAUGCUAACUUUGCUAGCAGCCUACCAUUUAUCAUGUGCUGUCUGUAUUUCAUAGCUUCUACAAUGUCAACAAAGCCAAGGCUUCAUGUGCAAGUUCAUGUGCUGUCUUGCUGGACACUUUAGCAGCCUUGCUUAAAUGUGAAGAAACAUACAGUGUUCCUUCUAACACUGGUGAAUUUUUAAGAACAUCAAUUACAGCCAACUCUUUCUGGCUAAUAUUGCUUGAAAAACAGUGAACAGCAUAAUUUCUGCCUUCUAGAAUAGAAUUGGAACAUUGGAGAUACCCAGCUUUUGUAAAUCCUGUGUCAUGCAGCAGUCCCGUUCAGGUUAAUGUUCUUGCUAGCCUGACCAAAAACUUCAUCCACUCCCUUCUGAAAAUAAAGGCAAAUAGAUGUAUUUCCUUUUUUCUAGAAUACCAGUAAGAUUGUUCCUCUCUACUAUGGUUUCAAUUUUCAUGGUUUUCAUUUUCCAAAUGAUUUGUAAGCUGAAUUAUUAAUGCUUGCACCAUUUUUAAAGACAGUGCAUGCAGUACCUCACAAUCCAUUGCUGACCCAGCAGUUGGGUUGUUUUGGUUUUUUUUUUUUGUUUUUUUUUUUCUGUUUUGGAAACAGUUUGCUUGAACUUCUGCAUUUUACUGUUCCAGGACAAUGGUACUGAACUUCUUGCAAAAGCCAAGCUUACGGGAAAUGUCAUUCUGUCAAAAGUGGUUUGUUCUUACACAGCAUAUGAUAAUGCUUUUCUUAAAAUGUAUUUGUUUGGCAUAAGACCUGUUGGGCCUCGUAUUCUCUGGCAGUGUUACUCACUCAGUUUACCUGAGGUUGGGAGUGUUGGAUUUUCCUGGUCUCUUGUGCAGAGAGCCAAGGUCUUUAAUUGUCCUUAAAGCUUUUCCCUCUACCAGCUCUUCCCCUUCUACCUUGUUGGUAAGGACAAGUGUUAUAGUAUUUUCUCCAGAAGUUCCUUCCAGUCUUUGGGAUUGCAUUUCUUGAAGGAAUCCUCAAAACUGAUUUUUGUUGUCAUGAAUUUUAUUUAGACCAUUGGAAAUAUUUAAUGAAGAUGUCAGGUGGAAAAGAGUGGAAUAGGAAGAGUGCAAAUGUGUCUUCCUUACUGCUGCAUUUUUCUUCAGACUAAUAAAUUAUUGGUAAGAAAGAAGCUAUGCCUGAUGUCAAUCUCAAAAGUUAACAUGUAUCUCUGCACAUAGCCUCUGCAUGGCUGUUGCCACGUGUCCUUAGCUAUUUUUUAUGGACAAAACAGUGUCCUGACUAUUUGAGAAUUGUAAACUUUGGAUGAAGCCAUUCAGUUCAGUUCUGCCACUGCACUUCUUUCUGUGGCAUGGCUUUUGAGGAGCACCCUGUCCACCUGGGUCAUUUGUCCCUAAUUUCCAUUCACUGAAAGGUUUCAUAUUUGUUUCUGGGAUCUGGAUUACUCAUGCAUCUUCCUAAAGUCAAGUUUCUUUCCUAAGUUUUAUUACAGUGCCCUACAGAAAACAUCAGACAUUUUCAGCCUAAGGAAUGUGUUUCCCCCAAAGUGUAAUGACUCAAGUGUGUUGCUGUAAAACCACCCUGCAAAGCGAGAGAGGGUCAAGAAAUCUGAGAAGGGAUGAUUCAGUUGUGCUGCUUUUGCUGAUUUCUUUGAAUUGUGGAUUCUGACUUCAUCAGUAGCGUCUGCAAACCUCCGCGUUUGUGACUUGCAACUGAUACCUUUUCUAAAAACAGAAGGAGGCAGGAGAGUGAGAGAGAGUACUCUGUUUAUUUCAACAGCCACAAGCAACACUUCCAAAAUACACUUGUGGUUGUAUCGCAGAGUUAUGAAUCUUAGGUUAUCUGGUGGUGAGUAAUGUGGUGAGACAGGAGCCUCAUAUGUCCACGCUUUAUUUAGAAAAGGUAGCUCUUAUCAGAGGCAAGGAACACCGGUGUUUCACUCUCUGUGCUUGCUGAACCCCUAAGGACAGAUACCAAAUCUGCUGACAGUUUAUGCUGCCAAGACACAGCACUUCCCUCUCGGGGUCUGACUGCAAGUAUUUAAGGAUUUUGCAAUAUAGAAAGAAACAAAUUCCUCUCCCCCUCCAGCUGCUCACCCAAAUGCACUUUUUAAGCUGUCCUGUGGUUUGAUCAAACUUGACAGUGGGUUGUGAUAUCUCUUGACCAGAUAGAUUUUUCUUUUUUAAACACUAGAGAGGAGGCUCACAGGUUGUAACAGCUUUCCAAAUUCUUCAGGCAGAGCGUAGAUUGUACCAAUUAUUACACCUAAAGAAUCCUGGAGAUUAAGAAAAUAUCACUUAAUUUUCCUCACUGCAGGGUUAAACCUGUAGAGUCUGGGAGUCUGGGUGUGUGUCUUUAGUAAGACAAUAAUCUUUUACUGUUCUGCCUGCUUAAAAAUAGAAUGGAGGAGCAAAUUCUUCCUGGCAAAUCAGGAGAUGCUCAAAUUUGGGAUUAUGUACAGUUUGCAUUGAAGAUAAGCUGGGCUAGGGGGCAUAGGAUUUGACACAAAACGUGUGGCUUUAUUCCCAUGGACAGACAAUGCAGCAAGCUGGGGAUUACUGAAGACUGUGGGACUGUCCUCCUGACUUGUCACCUUCUCAUCGAUUCAGAGUGCAGGGAAUUGUUCAUCCCUGUGGCAAUAACAUCACUGUAAUUUGUGUCUGAUAGUGAAAGAAUGAAUGAUUUAUUCUCCCAGAAAGACAGAAAGUGUUUGUGUUGGGUUUGGUUUUGUUUUUUUUUUAAUGUUGUUGGGUGUUUUUUUAAGAUAAAUAAAAAAUCCUCUGUGAGUCAUUUUAGGCUCUCACAGAAACUUGAAUGUGCUAAAUGGGUAGGUUCCCCUAGCUGAGCCAAUGGGGAUGGCCAGGCACAGGCAACACUUUUAUCCCACGAAAGGGAGGAGGGGUGAAUGAGCCAGAAGAUAUAAGCUGAAACAAAGCCAUGCUGUCCUUCUGAGUCAUUCGCAUACACUGGAUGGGUAAGGCUUCCUGCUUCCUGGGACACACAAGUGGGGUCAUGAUUCUAACAAUGGAUGCUGAUUUUGCCAAAGGAAACUCAAUCAGAUUUAAGCCUUCACGACUGCUCCUAAGGAAGAGAGCAUUAAGUUUUCAGAAGGAGUUCUCAUUUGAAGAUAAAGAAGAACUUGCGAACAGCACAAAGGAUAUUGAUGCUAAUCUCUUAGCAGUACUUCCCAAAGUUUCAGAAUUAAGAAAACUCUUUGAACCAAACAGCCGAGAUUUUUUGGAAAUGAAAAGAAAAGAAAGAAUAGCUAGGCGCUUAGAGGGAAUUGAAAACGAUGCACAGCCUAUGCUUCUACAAAACUGCCCAGGAUCCGUCACACACCGUUUGCUAGAGGAGGAUACACCAAGAUAUAUGCGUGCAACUGACCCAUACAGUCCCCACUUAGGAAGAUCAAAUGAAGAGGAGGAAACUUCAGAUUCUUCUGUAGAGAAACACCCCAGAUCAUCCAGAUACCGAUCAGAAACCACAGGAGGUAAUACAGAGCCCUUGUACAGCACAGCAAACAUGGAUGUCCAGGAACUGGAGUCAAAAGCAGAGAGAAUAGCUAGGUACAAGGCAGAGAGGCGACGCCAGCUGGCAGAAAAGUAUGGAUUAUCUCUUGAGUCUGAUUUGGAUUCUGACUACUCAUCCAGAUAUACACGGGCAAGGAAAGAUCCUGACAGCGUGGAAAGAAAGGGAGUGAAAAGUGAAAGGCAAGAUGAUGAAAACAAGGACUAUGGCACCCUCUAUUUUUCCAGGACUGAGACAAAGGCAUCGAAGAGUGUGAUUUCUGAUUCCAAAGAGUACUCCAACCGUGAAGAUAAAGAUGACCUCUCAAAUGAAAAGGGUGUUAGAAAAGCAGAUGACAGUGCCAUUAGACAGGCUCCUGAGCCUUCAGCAACCUUGGAUAGUUCUGUCUCCCUUUCACUUUCUGGACGAGACUCUUCCUGCUACAACGAAGUGCCAAUACCACCAAAGCAAGCCCCCCGAGAGUCCCUCUCUUCACCCAAGCGGGCAGCCUCACCGACCCACUUGCAGAAUGACCAGCCCUUGCACAGUAACAGCAGACAAAGUAGUGCAGGGAAAGCAAAACCUGAAUGGUUUCUUCAGAAAGAUUCAGAAGGGGACACACCUUCACUUAUCAGCUGGCCCUCCAGAGUAAAAGUUAGAGAGAAAUUGGUGAAAGAGGAAAGUGCUCGUGGAAGCCCUGAACUUGUCACAGACACAGUAUCUCAGAGAAAAUCCCAUCCAGUGCCAGCCCACUACAUGCCUCUUCAGACAGAAACGUCUGCCUUUGAUAGGGUUAUAAAUCAGCCCGUCAGUUCCGUCCGCCAGCCAAUCCAUGGCUAUAUCCAGCCUGCUGGCAUUGCUCACACAGCUCAGCUGAUGGCAGCGGAAGAACCAGCGAACACCCCUGCUGGCAGCCUCCUCCCGACAGAGCACGCUAGCCUUGGAACAAAAUCCUCAGCAGCCACCGCCUCAGAGACUGAAAAGAAGGAAGCACCCGGUUACGGAGCAAAACCUGCUGAAGGAGAUUCCUUGGAGGGUGAACAGGCUUCCAAAGGCAGAAGGCCCAUUCUGCCAUCUGAGAUUCGCAAGCAAGGGAAGAACCAUGAAGGCCUCUUUGGCGGAGGAGAAUUAGAGACCCCUGUGGGGAGUUCCUCCUUUGCAAGCAAGCCGAAAGUUAACUCAGAAGUUCAGAGGGAGUUGGAAUGCAAUAAGAGGCAGGCCCCAGAGCAGCAGUUUAAGACCCCCGAGAACGUAGAAAGGAGUGAAGCUGUUAUGUACAUACAGAGCGGAUCUGUAUUGCAGCCUGACAAGGCAAAGGCUCCUGUUUGGAAAGUGUCAACAAAGCAUAAGGUCCUGACUCGCUCCAUGUCUGACUAUACUGUGACUACUAAGCUAGAACCUUUUAAAAGUAAGGAGAGCAUGGAAGCAAAUCCACCAAAUGGUGAGAUUGGCAUGGUUGACACAAAAGUCUCUGUUGCCCAGCUCCGUAAUGUCUUUCUGGAGUCUGCUAAUGCCAACAAGAAAACGGAACUUGAAUCUCGGUUUGAGAUGUCAGCAGCAGGUAGUACUGUGUCUGCCAAUGGGGACCGUGGGCCACGAAAGGCAAGGCGCUAUUUUACUCCUGGUGAAAAUAGAAAGACUUCUGAGAGAUUUAAAACUCAACCUAUAACAUCAGCAGAACGAAAGGAGACAGAUAGGUCAAUUUUGUAUGCAGAAAUACCAACUGCUGACGAUGAAGAAAAAUUGGAUGACCGAGCUAAACUAAGUGUAGCUGCAAAGAGACUCCUUUUUAGAGAAAUGGAAAAAUCAUUUGAAAUGAAAAAUAUUCCCAAGCCACCUACCAGAAGUUCGGCGGUGGAGAGAAGGCUGCGGCGCUUGCAGGACAGGUCUCACACACAGCCCAUCACCAGCGAGGAGGUGGUCAUUGCAGCUACUGAAACUACCCCUGCUUCACGUUCUGUGAAUACCCACACAGUAGUGACAAGAGUACCUAGUCCCACUGUAGUUAAGAGCACUGUACAACCUACCAGCUUACAGGCAUCAGCACACCAAAAAAUUUUAGCUAAAGAGGAGAUAAGAGCAGCCAAAGAGGCGAUGGGGCAAGAUCAGUCUGAGGAACCAGAUUCUUCCACCUUAAGCUUGGCAGAAAAGAUGGCUUUGUUUAACAAACUGUCUCAGCCAGUGUCCAGGGCCAUCUCCACGAGGAAUCGGGGAGAUGUGAGGCACAGGAGAAUGAAUGCUCGUUACCAGACUCAGCCAGUCACUCUUGGAGAAGUUGAGCAGAUGCAAUGGAAAAAAAAUAAACUGGUACAGAGUGAAAGUGGAAAGAUCGCUCCCCUGUCAUCUGCAGUUGCAACAUCGAUUUCAGCCAUGGCCUCUGCCCUGGCUCCGCUGUUCGGGGAGCUGCCCGGGAAGGCAGGCGCUGAUGGCAGAGGGAGUGCUGCCACCAGGUUCCACCCUGCAGCAGAAAGCUUGGACUCAUCAGGAAAACGCACACACAAGUCAGAACAGUGGCAGCCCUCAACGGAAGCCCUAGAAAGCAGAACAUCAUCAAAGAAACAUGAAGAAGAAAGAAAGAGGUUUCUAGCCCAUGAAGCUAAUGAAAUUAAAAAGUACAGCUCCUUUGAGGAAGAAACCGCACAUCCUGUUCCUGAAAAAACAGGAGACCACCAUAAAGAGACAACAUACAGCUUCCUGAGGAAGGGCAGCUUGGAACUAUUUGGUUCACAAGCACUUUUUCAGCCUCUGGAACAGAAGGAAAUCGAUACUGGCAUGCAAGGUAAAUGGGAAGACAAAAAAGGCCAGUCCUUUGAAGAAAAGGUGGAUUUGGAAAGUGUUAUGAAAAGCAAGACUUGGCAAAGAGACCACGCUGAGCCUUCUUCUGAACUCACCAGCACAUCAGCCACGAGGACAGUUUCACAAACAGCAGCUGCAGCAUCCUGUAGACUGCAGGAGCUCUCUGAACAAUUGGAAGGCAAAUUUUAUAAGAAUUCCUGUGAGAUGUUUUCCAUGGGAGAGAGCAAAGCACAAACAGCUGAGGAUGUCCUUGACAAUGCCAGCAAAACUAUGUCAAUUAAGGAAAGGUUGGCAUUGCUGAAGAAGAGUGGUGAAGAAGAUUGGAAGAGCAGGCUCAGCAAAAAGCAGGAGUAUGCAAAAGUGCCUGUCGCUGAUCGCAGUGCGCAGAUGCAAGAGGUUGAGCAGCUGUUGAAGAAGGAACCUGUAUAUGCUUCUACUUACUCUCCUGUUAUACCUGCUCUCCAUAAAUUUCAUCCUUUUCUACCUAUUAAUCAGGUCUGUAGUGCUAGUUUGAAAGAAUCAAGCUCUCUGAUUUCUGAUGACCGUCAUCCUUGGAGAUGGAAGCAAAGAGUGGCAGAUAACCAGGAGAGUCAAAUGACCAUUGAGGAAAGAAAACACCUGAUUACAGCUCGAGAAGAAGCCUGGAAGUCCAGGGGGAAAGGAGCAGCCAAUGACUCCUCACAGUUCACUGUGGCUGGCCGAAUGGUAAAAAAAGGCCUGGCUUCUCCAAGUGCACUAACACCAGUAGCAUCCCCUUUCCGGCAGAAGUCUACCACUCCAGUUACAAAGCCCUUGGAAGAAAUUGAAGCCAGGCCUGAUAUGCAUUUGGAAUCGGAUAUGAAGCUUGACAAGUUGGAGUCAUUCUUGGGAAGGCUGAAUAACAAAGUUGCUGGGAUGCAAGAGACAGUGCUGACAGUUACGGGAAGAUCUGUGAAAGAGGUGAUGAAGCUGGAUGAUGAUGAAACAUUUUCCAAAUUUUAUCGCCAUGUGGAUUUCCCUUCCUCCUCAGUGCCUUUGGACCUUGAUGAGGACUUCGAUGCCAUCUUUGAUCCUUACGCACCAAAGUUGACAUCUUCUGUAGCAGAGCACAAACGUGCAGUUAGGCCCACGCGCAGAGUCCAGUCCUCAAGAAACCCUCUGAAAAUGCUUGCAGCAAGACAAGAUAUUCUUCAUGAAUAUACUGAACAAAGACUGAAUGUUGCCUUCAUGGAGUCAAAGCGAAUGAAAGUAGAAAAAAUGUCUACAAAUUCAAAUUUCUCAGAAGUAGCACUUGCUGGCCUGGCAAGCAAAGAGAACUUCAGCAACAUUAGCCUGCGGAGUGUUAACCUGACAGAGCAAAACUCUAACAACAGUGCUGUGCCAUACAAGAAGCUAAUGCUCCUGCAAAUUAAAGGAAGAAGACAUGUUCAAACAAGAUUAGUUGAACCAAGAGCCUCAUCACUGAACAGCGGAGACUGUUUCCUGUUGUUAACUCCACAUUUAUGUUUCUUGUGGGUAGGAGAGUUUGCAAAUGUCAUAGAAAAAGCAAAGGCUUCAGAACUUGCAACUUUAAUUCAGACAAAGAGGGAACUUGGCUGUAGAGCUUCUUAUAUACAGACUAUAGAAGAAGGAAUAAAUACCCAUACCCACGCAGCCAAAGACUUCUGGAAACUCCUUGGUGGACAGACAAAUUACCAGUCUGCUGGAAGUCCUGAAGAAGAUGAAAUGUACGAAGCCGCAAUAAUAGAAACAAACUGCAUUUACCGCCUCGUAGAGGAUAAACUCAUUCCUGAGGAUGACUACUGGGGAAAGGUGCCAAAAUGUACCCUGCUACAACCAAAAGAGGUGCUGGUGUUUGAUUUUGGCAGUGAAGUAUAUGUAUGGCAUGGAAAAGAAGUUACUUUAGCACAAAGAAAAGUGGCAUUCCAGCUGGCAAAACACUUGUGGAAUGGCACCUUUGACUACUCCAAUUGUGAUAUAAAUCCUCUGGACCCCGGAGAAUGCAAUCCCCUCAUACCCAGAAAGGGACAAGGACGCCCAGACUGGGCUGUAUUUGGCAGACUCACAGAACAUAACGAGACGAUACUGUUCAAAGAAAAAUUUCUUGAUUGGACAGAACUGAAGAAACUCAAUGAGAAGAAUUCUAGUGAAUCCCUUCACCAGAAGGAAGAAUCCAGAUCUGACUCUAAACCGUAUGAUGUCAUGCUAAUGGUAGCUGUGCCUCAAACAACUGUGGGCACGGUGUUGGAUGGAAUGAAUAUUGGCCGGGGUUAUGGACUGGUAGAAGGAGAAGAUGGGAGGCAGUUUGAAAUUAUCACUGCCUCUGUGGAUGUCUGGCAUAUCCUGGAAUUCGAUUAUAGUAGACUGCCUAAGCAAAGCAUAGGGCAGUUCCAUGAGGGAGACACAUAUGUGGUGAAGUGGAAGUACAUGGUGAGCACUACAGUUGGAAGCAGACAAAAAGGAGAGCAACAAGUACGGGCUGUUGGAAAAGAGAAAUGCGUGUAUUUCUUUUGGCAAGGAAGGCACUCCACAGUGAGUGAGAAAGGAACAUCAGCACUCAUGACAGUGGAACUUGAUGAAGAGAGAGGAGCACAGGUACAAGUGCUUCAAGGGAAAGAACCACCGUGCUUCUUGCAGUGUUUCCAAGGAGGGAUGAUUGUGCAUGCUGGAAGAAGGGAAGAGGAAGAAGAAAAUGCACAAAGUGAUUGGAGGCUUUAUUGCGUGCGAGGAGAAGUUCCCAAUGAAGGAAACUUACUUGAAGUAGCGUGUCACUGCAGCAGCCUGCGUUCCAGGACAUCCAUGAUUGUCCUUAAUAUCAACAAAGCUCUCAUCUACCUGUGGCAUGGCUGCAAAGCACAGUCUCACACCAAGGAUGUAGGAAGAACAGCAGCCAAUAAAAUAAAAGAACAGUGUCCACUGGAGGCAGGGCUGCACAGCAGCAGCAAGGUGACAAUUCAUGAAUGUGAUGAAGGGUCAGAGCCUUUGGGAUUCUGGGACGCCUUGGGGAGGAGAGAUCGGAAGGCCUAUGACUGCAUGUUGCAAGAUCCUGGAAAGUUUAAUUUCACACCCCGCCUGUUCAGCCUCAGUAGUUCAUCAGGAGAAUUUUCAGCCACUGAGUAUGUUUACCCUUCAAGAGACCCUGCUGUCAUCAAUUCCAUGCCAUUCUUGCAAGAGGAUCUUUACACUGCCCCACAGCCAGCACUCUUCCUUGUUGACAAUCACCAUGAAGUGUACCUGUGGCAAGGCUGGUGGCCUGUGGAGAACAAAAUCACUGGAUCAGCUCGAAUCAGGUGGGCUACAGACAGGAAAUGCGCCAUGGAGACGGUGCUCCGGUACUGCAAAGGAAAAAAUGUAAAGAAGCCCCCCAAAUCCUAUCUAAUUCAUGCUGGCCUAGAGCCUCUGACAUUCACUAAUAUGUUCCCAAGCUGGGAGCACAGGGAAGACAUUGCAGAGAUCACAGAAAUGGACGCUGACGUUUCUAAUCAGAUAAUACUUGUAGAGGACGUGCUGGCCAAGCUGUGUAAAACAGUGUAUCCAUUAGCAGACCUCUUAGCUAGGCCUUUGCCUGAGGGAGUUGAUCCACUGAAGCUUGAAAUUUACCUUUCAGAUAAGGACUUUGAGGUUGCAUUAGAGAUGACAAGAGAGGAGUACAAUGCACUGCCAUCUUGGAAGCAAGUUAACCUGAAGAAGGCAAAAGGACUUUUCUAAGCUGUGUUUAUGGAAGUGAGCACUAAAGGGAUGUCCACUCUCACUUUCUAUGUCCUUUAGAAGAAUUGUACCCUACAUUUACAGAACAAAUAAAAAUAAUCCAAAGUUAUUAGUGACUACCUAUCUGGAGGUGUGUAAUAUUAUAAUAAAAGGCCAAGAGAACUCUUUGAAAAUGGAAUUCAAUUUUGACUCUUAAAGGUAAUGUUUUUAAGCCCCGUUCUCCUAUGCACUUAAACAGUAGUUUCUUGAGCUACUGCUGCAGGUGUCCUUUGGCUAUAUCCAAUACUUGCCAUUUUUGUUUUUAAAGAAGUUCUCUUUGUAAAGUGUUAUUUUGUUAGUUUGUGGAUUACAAAGAAUUUAUAUUUAUAUAAACACAUAGAACAAGUAUGUAUUUAACAAUGCAAUAUGUAUUCACUUUCAAGACUUCCAUGUCAAAACUACAGAAAAGUAGCUGGAUGGCAGUUGCUUGUACUGAAUUAGCUAUACCACCAAUAUGUAUCUCCUCUGCAUUCUGAAAAGUUCUCUUUGCAAUAGUUAAUAAUUGUUCUCAGUGCUGCUUCAGGUGCUAAACUGAACAAAGCAUUUGUAUUUAUAGCAUGGAUUUCUUGAGAAACUAUGCGAAUCAACCUUUAUACUUUAUUAUCCAAAAAUGUAUAGUGCCUUGUUUUUUGUGUACAGUUUAUAUACAAAAAAAAAAAAGAUUGGUCUGCAUUUUGAAGAUGGCUUAGAAGGGUCUCCUAUGUUACUUUUAUAAUAGUAGAAAUAAAAACAUCUCAGUUUCUAAUCCUUGUUGUAAACAUUAAACAUGUCUUUUGUGAUAUAAGAACCAAAAGUAAAAGCUUCUGAAUAAACUCUUAGCAAUGC